AAGUAGUCAGACAUAUUAUAACUUGCCUCUACCAAAUCCUACUGUUUGGGGUCCAGAUGCUUCUGUUAUUCUUGCAACAAGGUUUCUCAUUAUAUCUAAUGAUCAAAAUGAAGCGUUUCCCUCAGUUGCCCUAAAUUUUAUUGCGAAAAUACGUUCAGAUAACGAUUCUGAUAAUUAUUAUCACCGAAAAAUGUUAGAUUAUAUGAAUGCAGAUGUUAAA